AGAGAAAGGUGAGAGGAAAGCUCCUGUGAAGAAAUCUUGCCAAGAAAAUCCCAUUAUAAUGUAAGUUGGAGUGUGACUUGAAGGCACAUAACACUAACAAAAUAGCAAAUUUUGCAUAGGAUGUUGCCAUGGCAGCCAAAAUGGAGUCAUAAUGCUGUAUUUGUGUAAUGUGAAAAACAGUGGAGAGUCAGAAAUACUUACUGAUCUACUACCAAGCACCGAAGAUCACUUUCUGCUCACCUUUUAAGGACGGAAUAUUCUAGGUUAGGCUGUCAAGUUUUGCUGCAACAGCCAAGCAAGAAAUGGAGUAUGUCCCACCUGUGGUCUUUGAGGGCAGCUGGAAGUGGACCCAAAUGAGGACACUGUAGGAAAAGAUCGCCAUUGUCAGGAUGAGUCCUAAACUGUUUUAGUCCAGUUGCUGAGCUCCAACAAGGCUCACUGAUGAUGUCACAGGGACCUUUUUGACUAGCAGAGAUGUUGGCCUCAUCUCCCAAUCUUCUUUGUUCCAUCUUUGCUAUUUUGAAGUGGCAAAGACAGGAAUAUAUCUUCAUAGAAAGUAUACAUUGGUUUAAAGUAUCCUUGUAAUGAAAAUAAUUUUGUGGUGAAUUAGGUUUGAAUGGGUACCUAAAGACUAUUGGCUUCACAUACAUGAGAAAAAAGCCAUCAUUGAGCAGGAUGAUAACAGCUAAAUCUGGCAUGUUGGUAUGAAACAACAAGAACUGUCUAAAAUUUUGGCCUCUUGUAUGGAGAUGGUCCAGAAGUCUAUUGACAUAACCACAAUACUUUAAACUCUACCAUUACAUUACUGUGACAUCAGCUACAAUUGACUUCAUACUUUCAAUGUAAACUGUGAAAAUCUUGCUUGACUAAAUGGAGUAUUAUUUAGAUACUACAAGAUUCUUGGUAUAAAUCUAUGAAUAUAGAACGAAUAGAGGUCUAGAGAAUAUGGUAAAAGCUUGAUGAAGGGCACCACAUAACCACUGAGGAGUUAUACUAGCGUUGCGUUAUUGUGGAAAAUGCCUGGAAAUGUAAGGAAAAUGUGAUUCUAGUUCCCUUGUUCAUGUUCUCAGCUUAGUCAUGGAAAGGGAGGAGAAGGACAACCAAACCCACUUCACUGGAUUCAUCCUUUUGGGUCUCUCCGCCUCUCCAAAGUUCCAGGGGUUUCUUUUCCCCAUUUUCCUCUCUAUGUAUUUGCUUGGUCUCCUUGGAAACCUCUUGAUCUUAUUUCUAAUCAUCUCCAACAGCAGCCUCUUCCAUACCCCCAUGUACUUCUUCCUCAGUCACCUGUCCUUAGCUGACUUGGGGUUUAGCUCCACCAUAGUACCACAAAUGCUACAGAUCUUGGUGUCCCAGACAAACACCAUCUCAUACAGUGGCUGCAUGACUCAGAUGUGCUUUUUCGUGGUCUUUUGCACGACAGACAACUUCCUCUUGGCCUCCAUGGCAUAUGACCGCUACGUUGCCAUUUGCCGACCUCUCCACUACACCACAGUAAUGAGCUACAAGCACUGUGUAGUUUUGGCAGCUGGGUCAUGGUUCCUGUCUUUCUCCCAAGGCUUUUUGUAUGUAUUUACCAUCUCAAAACUUUCCUUUUGUGGGUCUCGGCAGAUUCCCCACUUCUUCUGUGAUCUCCAUCCUUUACUCCAGCUCUCCUGCUCAGAUACUUCAUCUGCUGAAACGCUGCUGAUGUUUGAAGGAACUGCAACCAUGUUUGGACCUCUCAUACUCAUUCUUGUGUCUUAUAUGUUCAUUGUGUGGAAGGUUUUGAAGGUCCCAUCAGCUUCUGGGAAAUACAAGGCCUUCUCCACUUGCAGUGCCCAUCUCACCACAGUGGCCUUGUUCUAUGGGACUCUGAUAGGCACCUACAUCCGGCCAUCGUCCACUUAUUCUGGCUCUAAAUUGAGAGUUGCAUCAAUAUUCUACACUGUUGUUACUCCUAUGCUCAACCCAUUAAUAUACAGCCUAAGAAACAGUAAAAUUCACGAGGCCAUGAGAAGGUUAUUUAGGCUUUGGGUUUGGAGAAGAAGGGGUAUUGGGGACCUAAGAAUAUCGCAGAAUAAAUCCUGAACCAGUUUGGAAAACCCAAAACAUGGCACUCAAUAAUAUUGGAGUGAGUAGGAUGUAAUUGUGAAUUGCUUGGGAGAAGAUUCAGGUUCAAGUCCCCACAUGUGACUCAGUUGGACUAGUUAUACUUUCAAGCUGAUUCCCUUAUAGUUUGUUCUGAAGUUUAAGUAGGGUGUGGGAUAUCUAUGUACACCAUUUGAGCUCAUUGAUGAAAGAUGGGAUAUUAAUGUAACUAGUAAUUAAUAAACAAGCAAACGGGUGUUUCUUUACUAUUGCAGCUAAAUGAGCUCAUUGCCCUUUCCUAACACCAUGCAUACAAAAACAACUCCUUUGCUCUA